CCAUUUUGAUUUUAACAACAAUAGAAAAUAUGUAUUUCAGUAGUGUUUAUCACGCCCUUGGACUGAUCAAUGUUCUCAAACACCGCAUGAGUUGCGUAUACAAAGUUACACAGAUAAAAUCAAAAAAUGGAAAACAUUUGGAUGAAGAACAGGUUUACAACUAUGUCGUAGACACGGUGAAGAUGCACGAUAAAACGAUACAAUACAUAGAUCUGGUCCAAAGUUCUUACGCUCAAAGUCUGUUUGGCAGUUGUAGCACUUCAAUGCUGAACAUAAGUGCUGGGAGUAUAAUACUAUCGAUGAGCCUCACAAAUCCUUUGAAUAUGAUAAAUAUGAUGAUAUUUUGGAGUGGGUACAUAUGCGAUCUGUUUUACGUAAGUUGGCCCGGUCAAAAGUUACUCGACAACUAUGACGAACUUUUCACGUCCAUCUAUUUCUGUGGCUGGUACAAUUUUUCAUCGAAAACAAAAUUUCUAAUCAAUUUCAUGCUGAUGCGCUGCUCGAUCUCGUGUCAAUUAAAAGCUGGUCCCUUCAUUAAAAUUAACUUCCAAACUUGCGGCCGUAUUUUACAGAGGUCUCUGUCCUAUUUCACGGUAGUUGUCUCUCUUAACAAAAAUUCAAAUUAAACUGUUGACUUAUCGAAUGUAGAACAAACCAAAAAAAGAUACCAUGUC